CCCGACUCCCGCCGGCCGCCGGCGCCAUGUGACCGCGCCGCCGCCCUCCGCGCGCCCGGCCCGCCCGCCCGCCGCGCUCCCGCGGCCCGGCGCAGCCCCAGGCCGCCGAGGGACGGCGGGGCCGGCGCCAUGGCCGAGCGGGGCCGCCUCGGCCUGCCUGGCGCCCCCGGAGCGCUCAACACCCCGGUGCCCAUGAACCUGUUCGCCACCUGGGAGGUGGACGGCUCCAGCCCCAGCUGCGUGCCCAGGUUGUGUAGCCUGACCCUGAAGAAACUGGCAGUGCUCCGGGAGCUGGAGAAGGAACUUCUGUCCGUGGUGAUUGCCGUCAAAAUGCAGGGUUCCAAACGUGUCCUGAGAUCACAUGAGAUUGUGCUGCCUCCCAGUGGACAAGUAGAAACUGACCUAGCUUUGACCUUCUCUCUCCAGUAUCCCCAUUUCCUGAAGAGAGAAGGCAACAAGCUACAGAUCAUGCUGCAGCGCAGAAAGCGGUACAAGAACAGGACGAUCCUGGGCUAUAAAACACUGGCUGUAGGCUCUAUCAACAUGGCUGAGGUGAUGCAGCACCCCUCUGAGGGCGGCCAGGUGCUGAGCCUCUGCAGCAGCAUCAAAGAGGCCUCUGUCAAGGUGGCUGAGAUUUGGAUCGUCUCUCUGUCCAGCCAGCCCAUCGACCAUGAGGAUAGUGCAAUGCAGGCUGGCCCCAAGGCCAAGUCCACAGACAACUACUCUGAGGAGGAGUAUGAGAGCUUUUCCUCUGAGCAAGAAGCCAGUGAUGAUGCUGUACAAGGGCAGGAUCUUGACGAGGAUGACUUUGAUGUGGGAAAACCCAAGAAGCAGCGGCGCUCGAUAGUAAGAACGACGUCCAUGACCAGGCAACAGAACUUUAAGCAGAAGGUGGUGGCACUGCUGCGCAGGUUUAAAGUUUCAGAGGAGGUCUUAGAUUCGGAGCAGGACCCCGCAGAACAUGUUCCUGAGGUGGAGGAGGACCUGGAUCUUCUGUAUGACACACUGGAUGUGGAGAAUCCCAGUGACAGUGGCCCUGACAUGGAUGAUGAUGACAGUGUCCUUAGUACCCCCAAGCCCAAGCUCAGGCCAUACUUCGAAGGCCUGUCUCACUCUAGCUCACAGACGGAGAUAGGGAGCAUCCACAGUGCCCGGAGCCACAGGGAGCCUCCGAGCCCGGCGGAUGUACCCGAGAAGACGAGAUCCCUGGGAGGCAAGCAGCCAAGUGACAGCGUCUCUGACACAGUGGCCCUUAGUACACCAGUCCCCCGGGAACCAUCAGGGCAAGCUGAGGAUAGUCCAGAGUCUGAGACCUCUACCUUGGAUGUGUUCACGGAGAAGCUGCCGCCCAGUGGAAGAAUCACCAAGACUGAGUCACUUGUCAUCCCCUCCACCAGCAGGUCAGAGGCAAAGCCAGCCGGCCGCCGGGGCCGGAGCACAUCCCUGAAGGAGCGACAGCCAGCUCGACCGCAGAAUGAGCGAGCCAACAGCCUAGACAACGAGCGCUGCCCAGACACAAGGAGCCAGCUGCAGAUUCCCAGGAAAACCGUGUAUGACCAACUGAACCACAUCCUCAUCUCUGAUGACCAACUCCCUGAGAAUAUCAUUCUCGUCAACACCUCUGACUGGCAGGGACAGUUCCUCUCAGAUGUCCUGCAGAAGCACACACUUCCUGUGGUGUGCACAUGCUCCGCUGCUGAUGUGCAGGCUGCCUUCAGCACGAUUGUCUCUCGGAUACAGCGAUACUGCAACUGCAAUUCUCAGCCACCGACCCCUGUGAAGAUCGCCGUGGCAGGAGCACAGCAUUACCUCAGCGCCAUCCUGCGGCUUUUCGUGGAGCAACUGUCUCACAAGACGCCUGACUGGCUCGGCUACAUGCGCUUCCUCAUCAUCCCACUGGGCUCCCACCCUGUGGCCAGGUACCUGGGCUCCGUGGACUACCGCUACAACAACUUCUUCCAGGAUCUGGCCUGGAGAGACCUGUUCAACAAGCUGGAAGCCCAGAGCAGUGUGCAGGACACACCAGACAUCGUGUCACGCAUCACGCAGUACAUCUCAGGAGCCAACUGUGCUCACCAGCUGCCCAUCGCAGAGGCCAUGCUGACCUACAAGCAGAAGAGGAAAAAGCAUUUUCACUUUGACUUUACCCUGAGCCCUGAUGAAGAAUCCUCUCAGAGGUUCAUUCCCUUUGUUGGGGUUGUGAAGGUUGGACUUGUGGAACCGUCUUCAGCCACAUCAGGAGACUCGGACGAUGCAGCCCCCUCAGGGUCCAGUGUACUCUCUUCUACCCCACCGUCUGUGUCUACAUCUCCUGCGGCCAAGGAGGCUUCGCCUACCCCACCCUCUUCCCCUUCAGUGAGUGGAGGCCUGUCCUCCCCCAGCCAGGGCGUCGGCGCUGAGCUGAUGGGGCUGCAGGUGGACUACUGGACAGCAGCACAGUCUGCGGACAGGAAGAGAGAUGCCGAGAAGAAGGACCUGCCCACCACCAAAAACACGCUCAAGUGCACUUUCCGGUCCCUCCAGGUCAGCCGGCUGCCCAGCAGUGGCGAGGCUGCAGCCACACCCACCAUGUCCAUGACUGUGGUCACCAAGGAGAAGAACAAGAAGGUGAUGUUUUUGCCCAAGAAAACAAAGGACAAGGAUGUGGAAUCCAAAAGCCAGUGCAUUGAAGGCAUCAGCCGGCUGAUCUGCACAGCUAAGCACCAACAGAACAUGCUUCGGGGCAGAUGGUCAGGUGGCCCUCUCCCACAGUCCUCAUCGACGGCGUGGAAUGCAGCGAUGUCAAGUUCUUCCAGCUGGCCGCCCAGUGGUCUUCCCACGUGAAGCACUUCCCUAUCUGCAUCUUUGGACACUCCAAGGCCACCUUCUAGCCCCACCCACGGAAUGGCUGUCACAGGACAGUGGAGGGGCCUAUGUCCUGCUCUUUGUCAGCCAUGGAUGGAGGGACAGCUGUGUUUCUGUUAACACGUGGUUACUACAGAGACAGACUUUUAAAAACACAAAGAAACAGUCUUAAGUAUGAAUGUGCUCUUAGCCCAGAAAAUAAGGGGACGCUAGCCUCCUGUGGGCCACCGAGUAACUUUGCUCUGCUUAUUAACCAGAAUAUGUGGGCAGGUGGAAAGGCUGAUAAGAAGGGAGGUGAACUCUGGGCUCAUGAAAUCCCAGAACCACAAGCAAGAAGUGUUCUUACCUUUGUGUCCUGUCCUUUCCUGAGGUCAGGAUUCUGUUUCCUGAGGGAGUAGGGAGCAGGGUACAAGCUUUGGAGUUUAGUGGCCAGAAGCUGAGGGUCAAGGGCAUGUUGGUCUCCUAGCAUGGGAUGUCGGCCCUUGGUACCCCGUGCGUGGUUCCCAAUAAACUCCAGCCUCAUGGCGGAGAUUUUAUCGUAGCCGAUCAUUCUAAUGCUCUCAAAUACAUUUGGAGACGUAACUGCCAAGCAGAUGUUGGUCUUGUAAAGUAUCCUUGGGUGGGGCAGAGCCAGCAGGAGCUGCUUACCCAACCCUACCCCUCUGACUCCCACUCCAGAGGCACCAAUAGGCUUCUUCAGGCCUGCAGCUUAGAUCAGGUGGCCCUUUCGAAUUUCCCAGAGUCUGUCCUGGAAGUGGGAGACACUGCUGGGUCUGUCUGAGACCUGUUCUACCAUGCCCUUUCACCUCUAUUCUGCUUGCUGGGCUGUCCAGGAUUGGCCAUGUGGGGUCUGGGUUGAGAACUGGAGAAAGGCAACUAGAGUGUGUAUGUGUGUGUGUGUGUGUGCGCGCGCGCAUGCGCGCGCCUGUGCGUGCCGCCAUUCUUGUCGGCAGCUCCAUCUUCCACCACCUUCCCACCCAGCAGGAGAUGGGUGCUGGCCUGUAGUGAGGGUCAUCCUGACUGUACAUGUAUCAUCAGACUCUGGAGGAGGUCACUGCCUCAGUCGUAAUUUCCUCAAGAAUCCUUUCUCUCUGGGCUGGCUAAUUGAAAGAGUGCCUGCCUGCCUGCCUGCCUGCCUAGAAGCUGUGGCACUCUCUGAAAUCCUGGUGGUCCAUUUGGGAGCUCUAAGUUUGGUGUCUUGAUCUUGAGACCUUCCUAAGAGCAUGCUCAGAAAAUUGCCAAGAGCAGAGCAGGCUAAGUUUGAGGACUCCUCACUUUUCAUAGGGUGAAAGAUGGCCCAUUUUUUAUUUACUUGCCCUGCCCUGGCUUGCUGAGCAGGGUCCGUUUGUCCAGGGUGAGGGCCCUGCACUGCUGCUGGGGCUUGGCUGGGCCCUAGAUCUCUGGGUAGAGGGCACGGUGGCAGUGGAGCCCCUGGUGAGGUAUGCUCUGAAAAGAGCCUGUUAACAAGUCUGGCUGCUGUGCUUCUUGGAGAUUAAGAGCCUGAUUCACCUGCCCCUUGAGUUUCUUCCCAAAGGUCAACCUUUGUAGGAAAGAUCUGGCCGAGAUUUCUAGCCUUGAGGCCACAGGGAGUGUAGGCUCCUGCCUGAGGGUAGCUCCUUUCCAGGAGAACUCUUCACCUGUGCAUGCUUCCUUGAUUAGUUCCAGAGGUCUGCCUUCACCUACACAGGAGGAGGGCGUGAGCAGAGCUUUUCUCCAGCAGCUGGUCUAAGGUAGAGUUGGGAGGCCUAGCACAUGAGCACCAUAGCAGUGCAAGGUGUAGACCUAGACAGCAGUCAUCCUCUGUGCCUCAGUUCCCCCACUGGUUAAAGAGAUGGUCCAUUUUCCUUGCCUACCUCAUGGAGCUGUAAUGAGGAUUCAUGGAGAAGCACUUUGACCCUUUGAAGGAUGACUAGACACCAAAGCGCCCCCACCCCCCACAGGCAGUACAGUGGUGAGGACAGCAGUGUGUGUGUAUGCGCGCAUCUGACAGGCCUUAGCUCUGAGGCGUGGCCCUCAGAGCCUGCCAGUCGUAAAGGUCACUGUCAGACAGUACCAGGUUCCUCUCAGGCCUGGCCAUACAGUCUGUGUGGAUGGAUAGGUUCCACUCAUUCCUGUCCGUUGGGGACCCUUCCUCUACCUUAAAGGUGGACCCUGCCACCAUCCUGAGUAUGUAGCAGCUCAGUAGCAGUACCAGAGCUGAGGGAGGGGGGAUGGCCUUCGGCACCCAUGCAGUGGCUUGCCCUAGCCUAAUCCUGCAAGCCUCACUUCUUCCUCUAGCCUCCAUCUCAAACGAAUUCCGCAUAAAAACCGGCCUGGUGGUACUUCCCAGGGCCAGGGUCCUGGACCCUCACUUGCUCCCCAAACCCCCACGCCCUCCAGAGGCUGACGGCCUUGCGUGAGGAUGACUCCGUCCGCUUCUGCAGACUGUCCAGCGCGCUGUGACUGAUUUCUAGGAUGUGUAUAUGUGUUGCUAGAUUUCUUUUUUUUUUAAUGGAAAGCAGGAUUCAUGUAAAUAGCUUUUUUGGGAGCAGAUGCUGAUCUGUCCCAUGUGACCAUGUGGACGAUUUCAAGGUGCUGAAGCGACACUAAUAAACUGGCGGCGCUCAGGCCGCCCACGGCUGUGA